GGCAAAGCCAUAGUUGAAAAUCAUAACAAUAUUAGUGUUAAGAAUGAAAUGAAACAUUUUACCAUAACGUAACCUUUACAAUAUGCUACUGAUUGCUUGCAAUUUUUUAAUUGUUAAAACAUCUGACAGUAAACAGGAUUGGGGGAUACUGCAUUAAAGUGUUUAAUCUUAAUUCAGUCUUUAACGAUACUUCCUUUGGCUGGUGAGUGUUUGUUAUUAAAAUCUGAAUCUUCAGCCAGUAUGAGUCGUCAAUGUAAAAAUUGUGGUGGAUCAGACAUUGACAUUGAUCCAGCCCGGGGAAGUGCUGUCUGCACGGCCUGUGGCUCAGUUUUGGAGGAUAAUAUUAUUGUAUCUGAAGUCCAGUUUGUGGAAAACAGCGGAGGGGUAUCUUCUGCUGUCGGCCAGUUCGUGUCUGCAGAUGGUACCUCUAAAACUCCAGUCCUAAGCACCGGGUUUCACACAAGUCUGGGAAAAGAAUCACGGGCACAGACGCUCCAGAAUGGGAAACGACAGAUACACAACCUCGGCAGCCAGCUGCAGCUAAACCAGCACUGCUUGGACACAGCCUUUAAUUUCUUUAAGAUGGUGGUGAGCAAGCACUUGACACGAGGGCGCAAGAUGACACACGUGAUUGCCGCCUGCCUCUACCUGGUCUGCAGGACAGAGGGAACGCCACACAUGCUUUUGGACUUGAGUGAUCUUUUACAGGUGAAUGUGUACAUUCUGGGAAAGACCUUCCUGUUUUUGGCUAGAGAGCUCUGCAUCAAUGCCCCUGCCGUUGAUCCAUGUCUGUAUAUUCCACGAUUCGCCCACAUGUUGGAGUUUGGUGAAAAGACUCAUGAGGUUUCAAUGACUGCUCUCAGACUGCUGCAGAGGAUGAAACGGGACUGGAUGCACACUGGACGGCGGCCAUCAGGCUUGUGUGGGGCAGCUCUGCUGGUGGCAGCUCGUAUGCAUGAUUUCCGUCGCACGGUGAAGGAGGUGAUAUCUGUCGUCAAAGUGUGUGAGGCCACGCUAAGAAAAAGGCUGACAGAGUUUGAGGAGACCCCUACGAGUAACCUGACCAUUGAUGAGUUCAUGCGGGUGGACCUUGAUGCGGAGUGUGAUCCUCCAUCAUUUGUCGCCGGAAAGAAAAAACUCAAGAUGCAGCAGCUGGAGCAGGAGUUGGCCAAGAAACUUGAGGAGUAUCAAGGUCAGAUCAACUCAUACCGGGAUGAGAUUGAGACACAGCUGGCAAUGAGCAGCAGAACCAAACUAAGAGGGGUUUAUGCCUCCUACGCAAGAGAAGAUGACGACUGUGUUUCUCUGGUCUCUGAGCCGGCCGGGGAUGGGGAAGAACCAGAGGAUGAAGAACUGGAGGCUGCAGCCGAACACCUCAACCAGGAGUUUAUUAGUCAGGUGUUGCCUGAGCUAAAGCAAGGCCAUCAGGGCGAGACAGAGGCUCAGGAGGGGAGUAAGGAAACAGAGCAGCUCUCCGGCCGUUCCCCUCAUGUACCCCUGAAGGCCCUCCUUGGCCCUUUGCCCAGUGCAGCAAGUCUGGGUCUAACAGAUACUAUACGUGAAUGCAUCACAGAGGACAGAGCAAAUGCAGAUGAUAAAUCAGACAAUGGAGAACUAGAUCUGGAUGGGAUUGAUGAAGAUGAGAUUGAAAAGUACAUUUUGAACGAGAUUGAGGUAGAGGCGAAAACCGAGCUGUGGAUGAAACAGAAUGAGGAGUAUUUGAAGGAACAGAAAGAAAAAGAGGAGAGAAUAGCUAAAGAAAAGGAGCAAGGGACUUAUAAGGAGAAGCCAAAGAAGCCUUCCAAAAAGCGAGAACCAAUUCUGGCCAGCACUGCAGGAGAGGCCAUAGAGAAGAUGUUGGAGCAGAAGAAGAUCUCCAGUAAGAUUAAUUACGAUGUUCUGCGAGACCUCAACAGCAAGGGUGGAGAAAACACCACCACUCAGCAAGCCGAAGAUCCAGCCGCAAGCAGCUCCGGACGCAAGAAGUUGACCCGCCGCAAGAAACAGCCGAACAAGAGCAAUCUCGGCCUGGCUAAACCCGCCAGCCUCAUGGGCAAAAGGCUCCGCCCCUUGAUUUCAUCUGUUCCCAAGAAGAAGAGGACAGAAGCUAAACCGGUCUCCCCCAGCAUCACCACCAUGUUGCCUCCUGCAGCCCCAGAGCCCCCAGUUGCCCCCACUCCUCCCCCUGUGGUGGAAAGUGGCCCUGUGGCAUACGAGGAGCCUGCAGAGGAAGAGGAGGAGAUUGAAGAAGAGCCAGAGGAGUCUUGUGUUAGCGCCAUGCAGCUGAUAGGUGGAAAUGACUAUGGCUGUGAAGCUGAAGAAGAAGAAGUAUUCUAGUGUGCAAGCGGCAUUCUUUUCAAUAAAAUGUGUAAGGGAAAGGACCAAGAACUUGAGGCACAUGUGACAGAGCUGCAGUAUGUAGGACACUUAAAAGGUCGCCCAUCCUCAUCAUUCUUUAUAUGACUGCCUAAACUGCAGUAUCUUCAUAAUGAUUCGCUAUGUAAAAAGGUGGACCGGCAGCUUAAGACUGAAAAACAAGUGGGUAAGACCAUUUUAGCACUUUGCUAAUAUUCAGCUAGACAGAAACCAUUAGUAGUGGUUUGGAUAAUAAAGGUAAUACCAGGUUUGUAGCUGGUAUUAUAGGAUUUAAAUGUGUACAGGUAGGUAAUUCCUGGAAAUAAAUGUAUAUUUUACAUAUAUACUCUAAAAAAUGCUUUUUUUUUUCAACCUGGCAUUGGGUCAAAGGACAACCCCAACUGAUGGGUUAAUUUUACCCAGAAAGUGUUCGUAUUUGACCUGCGCUGUAGAAAGUGACAGGUUAACUUUAAAAAAUAAAAAUGUAAAAAAUAAUUAAAUAAAAAAUGUAAUUAAAAUAAAAACAAAAAAAAAACUCAAAUGAAAUUUUCUCACUUUAAGUGAAACCAGUUGAAAUAUAUUUUUAAAGUUUUUUUAAUUAAAUUUCCAAUUGACGUAAUUAUAUUAAAAAUAAUUUGUUUAAGUAGAUCUGACUUUCACUUUUUACACUGUACAAAAGGGUUAAAACAACAAACAUUUAGGGUUGAAACAACUCAGCAUCUUUUGGAGUGUAAUAGGAAGAUGAGCUGUGAAAUGAUGCUGUUUAAUGCUAUAGGAGGCAUAGUGAAGUGUACUAAAACAGAUGCACAUAUUGUUUUUAAACAAGAACUCUAUUUCUUGUAAUGUUAGCUUUUUGGUUUAUAUUUAACUCACAUCUAAUGGAUUUUUAUGUUUUUCUAGUGCUUAGCUUUUUAUUGUUUACCUAAUUUUAUUCUCUAUUUAUCUGCUGGGACCAAAUGAUGUCUGUAUGACAUAUGUCUGUAUAUAUGUACAUAUAACAGUAUUUUGUCAAGUGUGGUGCUAUAUUUCCCAUGAAAAUGUAAAUUAUCCUCUUUUGUUUUUCAUUGAAUGUAACUGUAAUGUUAUUAUUUUUAUCUCAGUGUAGAAUUAUUGUCAUUUAAAUAAGUUGUUGGGAUCAUCAUCAGUGGAUUUCAACACUGCCUACAUUCUGGGAUGGGAGACGAGUGAUUAGAACAUUAUAAUGUAUGUAAAUAAAUUCACAUUGUCUUUGUGAAGUCAAUUUUCUUGAAACUCCUCCAGAAUAUUUUGUCUGCAGGUAUUUGUAAAAAGUCUGACUGUAUUGAUUCACCUCUGAAGCAGGCAAAAUGAUUCAGUGACACUUGAAUGCGUUUGACCUUACAAGUUAGUUAGUCUUGAACAAUUGAAGAGCUUCUGACAUGUUUUCUUAAAUGAGCACUUUUAUCAGGCUCUGUUCUUUGGGUUCAGUAAUUUCACUUUAAUGGCAAUGAAAAGGUUACUAGUCAAUAAUUAAAAUGCCUAGUUUUCACAAAUGUCACUUUAGUCAUUUCAUUGGUGUUUACAAAUUUGACUGUCUUUAGCUGCAAAACCCACAUUCAUGCAGGCUAUUUUGGCAAUAAUCUUCACUUCUAUAAAAUCUCAAUUUCUGAAUAAAGAUGAAAGUAGGGAUGCAACGAUAAAUGCAGAUAUACACUAAUAAUGCGUGGCUGAUAACUAUUCUGAAUCGCACAGACGAUAUUAUGCACAGCUAUUUCAUUUACUAUGGCUUUUGUUCAGUAAGUCCUUAUAGAUAUUUAUUACACGGCUCUCUGGAAUGCUUGAUUCUGAUUGGUCAGUCGAGACAUUUGCAGGUUCGUUCUUUUUAAAUAAUAACCGCUCCAAAGUAAUAACGCAUAGCCGGUACUACUUGUACGAGUAAAAUCGCUCCGCGCCAAUAAAGAUCAAUAAAGAUUACUGUUUGGCGCCAUCUUGUGACAAACACUGGACAACCACGACAAGACACAGACAGCUACUGAGACUGAACUUGACAAAAUAGAGCAUGACAGCUACGAAGCCAACACACAAAAAAAUACAGAAUGGGCAUUAAAACUUCUCAA